AUGGGCAGCAUCACGAGGGAUAAAGUCGCUUUGGUUUUUGGUGCCAGUGGGAUCUUCGGCUGGGCUGUGACUAGGAGCCUGCUGGAGUAUCCAACUCCUAGUACUUUUUCUCGGGUGGUCGGCCUGACUCAUCGGCCCCAAACAAGAGAUGAAUUAGGCCUCCCCGACGAUCCGAGGCUGGAGGUGUACUCCGGGAUCAACUUACGGGCAGACCUCGAUGAGGUAAUGAACCAGAUGCACAAGGCGGUUCCACAGCUGGACCAGGUCACCCAUGUAUACUAUCUCGCGUACUCCAAUGCCACCGCGUACACGGAAAAUGUGAUGGAGAUCAAACGCAUCAAUGUCGCCAUGACAUAUAACGCCGUCCAUGCCAGCGAUAAACUGUGCAGAAAUUUGACCUUCUUCAACUAUGGUGUCGCCGUCUUCCAACAUCUCGACAAGCUCACAUUCCCCACACCCCUCAAGGAAAACGCCCCGCGCGUCGACUUGAUCCGAGAGGCAGCCCAAGGGAAGAGGUGGGGAUGGUGUGAGGUCCGUCCGGACGCGAUUAUCGGCCACGUCCCCAGCACCACGAGCAUGACCACCGUCAAGCCAAUCGCCCUUUACCUCUCCCUGUACCGGUAUGUGAACGGCCCCGGGGCCACCGUUCCAUUCCCAGGCACACUGACCAACUACACCUACAUAUUCACGGACUCGUCCCAAGACAUAAUCUCGCGUGCGGAGAUAUACCUAUCGGUAGUGAAGCCAGAGGAGGCAAACGGGGAGGCGUUCAACAUUGCCGACACGGCCACUCCAAGCCGGUGGAGCGACAAGUGGCCAAUCCUGACCGACUACUUCGGGCUGAAGGCUACCGGCCCAACACAGAAGGACUACGCGCCCUUCGACCAGUGGUGGAAUGACCACCAGGACGACUACGACCGCAUGUGCAAGGAAUACGGACUGAAAAAGCGGGAGAUCGGACCAGAAACCUGGAUCUUUGUCUACGCAUUGUUCAAGCUGUUAGACCGGAACCGGGAGUUCAGUCUGGACAAGAUCCGUAACAUCGGGUUCACAGAAGAACGACCGGUAGGCAAGGGCCAUAUCGUAGCGUUUGGUCGCCUGGCCACGGCGCAGGUGAUCCCGUCUAGAGUGCAGCUCCUCUUAUCCUUGCCUGAUGCUAAAAGGAAAGAGGAGUAUGCCCAUGCCCCGUCUACUGCUGUUGAGGUUUCGAACCACUUAUGA